UUAUUAUUUUUGUUUGUUUGUUUGGAGAAAAGGUUUCACUGUUUAUCCUGACUAACCAGAAUCCAUUUUUGUAGAUCAAACUGGUCUCAAACUCAGAGUUUUACCUGCCUCUCCCCUCUUCCCAAACCUCAAGGAUUAAAGACAUAUGCCGCUACUCCUGGCUUUUUGUGUGUGCGUGCGUAUGUAUGCACACCCAUGUGUGCAAGUAUGUGUGUGUGUGUGCAUUCAUGCAUGCAUGUUUGCAUACAUCUGUGUGUAUGUUUGGACACUCUUAGGUAGAUGUAGCAUUCCUCUGGAGCUGGAGUGAUAGGUGGCUGAGAGCCACUGUUGUGAGUGUUGGAACUGAACUCAGGAUUUUUGGAAAAGCAGCAAGGGUUCUUAAUGGCUAAGACAUAUCCCUAGCCUCUGUCUGUCUGUCUGCCUGUCUGUCUAUUUUUGAGGCAGGAUUUCGAUAUUAAUCCGGCUGGCCUGGAAUUUGCAAUGUAGACCAGGCUGCCGUUGAAGUCACAAAGAAUCUACCAGCCUCUACUUCCCAAAUGCUGGGAUUAAAGCAUGUGCCGCUAUGCCCAGUUUUACACAGUGUUGGGACUCAAACCCAGGGCUUCAGGCAUGCCAGGCAAGCAUGUGUAUCCUGUGCCAGCUGAGCCAUAACUCUUGCCCUCUCGGCUGGGUUUUUGGUUGUUUUUUUUUUUUUUCUUUUGCUCUUCUCUAUAGCUCAGACAGACCUGAAACUCAAAAUCCUCCUGCCUUAGUAACCCGAGUGCUGAGGUGAUAGGCGUGCGCCAUCACUUGUGGGGUGACUCUCAUUUAAACUUCCUCGUGUGCGGCUGUGGACCGCAUGCCCAUCCUCCAUACCAGAUGCCAUAGUAACGACCAACAGGUGCUAGCAACAGAUGCAGUGGGGUUGCAGGAUCUGUGAACGAAGCAGCCCGAUGUGGCCAGGAAAGGCCAAGCUCCUCAUGUCGGCUCUGUUGGACAGUUUGCCCGAUGACUAAGCCCGGUUCCAUGCUGACCUGUGUGUUGAUGAAGCUGACCACCAGGCAAGCAGCCAGGUGCUCGGCCAUGGACAAACUCAAUGAAGCCUCUCCUGUCUCUUCUAGAGUAGCUUCUGAGGCUUCUUAGCCACUGGGCUUUUAUUCUCCUAUGGGGCCUGGGGCAGGAGGUGCCUUGUCGGAGGCUUUACUGCCGAGCCCCUUGUCAGCCGGUCACUGUCCACAGAAAAUGUACACAUCGGCCUCCUCUGUGUGCUGCUGAGUCAGGGGAGGCUGGCCAGAAUGGGGGACGCCAGAGACAUCUGCCCUCACCUGGACUCCAUAGGGGAGGUGACCAAAGAGGACUUGCUGCUUAAAUCUAAGGGGACCUGCCAGUCCUGUGGUGUUGCUGGACCUAACCUAUGGGCUUGCCUCCAGGUCACCUGCCCCUAUGUUGGCUGUGGAGAGUCUUUUGCUGACCAUAGCAGCAUUCAUGCACAGGUGAAAAGGCACAACCUGACUGUGAACCUGACUACGUUACGGGUGUGGUGCUACGCCUGUGAGCGGGAAGUCUUUCUGGAGCAGCGCCUGGCAGUCCACCUGCCCAGCUCCUCAGCCAGGCUCUCAGAGCAGGACUCCCCACCACCCUGCCACCCUCUGAAAGCUGUCCCUAUUGCCGUGGCUGAUGAGGGAGAGUCUGAGUCUGAGGACGAUGACCUGAAGCCUCGAGGCCUCACAGGCAUGAAGAACCUGGGGAACUCCUGUUACAUGAAUGCUGCCCUGCAGGCCUUGUCCAAUUGCCCCCCACUCACCCAGUUCUUCCUGGAGUGUGGUGGCCUGGUGCGAACAGACAAGAAGCCAGCCUUGUGCAAAAGUUACCAGAAGUUGAUCUCUGAGGUCUGGCACAAGAAACGGCCAAGCUAUGUGGUCCCCACCAGCCUAUCCCAUGGGAUCAAGUUGGUCAACCCGAUGUUCCGAGGCUAUGCCCAGCAGGACACCCAGGAGUUCCUACGCUGCCUGAUGGACCAGCUUCACGAGGAGCUCAAGGAGCCCAUGGUAGCUGCUGUGGCAGCUCUCACUGAUGCUCGGGACUCAGAUUCCAGUGACACAGAUGAGAGGCGUGAUGGCGACCGGAGCCCUUCAGAGGACGAGUUUCUGUCCUGUGACUCGAGCAGUGACAGGGGUGAGGGUGAUGGGCAGGGCCGUGGUGGAGGCAGCUCAAAGGCUGAGAUGGAGCUGCUGAUCUCAGACGAGGCGGGCCGAGCCAUCUCUGAGAAAGAGCGAAUGAAGGACCGCAAGUUCUCCUGGGGCCAGCAGCGCACCAACUCGGAGCAAGUGGAUGAGGACGCUGAUGUGGACACAGCCAUGGCCUCCCUUGACGAACAAUCUAGAGAGGCCCAGCCACCGUCACCAAGGCCUACCAGCCCCUGCCAGACCCCAGAGCCAGACAAUGAAGUCCACAUUCGCAGCUCCUCUCGCCCCUGCAGCCCUGUCCACCACCACGAGGGCCAUACCAAGCUGUCCAGCAGCCCUCCUCGUGCAAGCCCCGUGAGGAUGGGGCCAUCGUACGUGCUCAAGAAAGCCCAGGUGCCGAGUACUGGUGGCCGGAGGCGGAAGGAACAGAGCUACCGCAGUGUCAUCUCAGAUGUCUUCAAUGGCUCUGUCCUCAGCCUGGUGCAGUGUCUUACCUGUGAUCGGGUGUCUACCACAGUGGAGACAUUCCAGGACCUGUCAUUGCCCAUCCCUGGCAAGGAAGACCUAGCCAAACUUCACUCUGCCAUCUACCAGAAUGUACCAGCCAAGCCGGGUGCCUGUGGGGACAGCUAUUCCUCCCAGGGCUGGCUGGCCUUCAUCGUGGAGUACAUCCGACGGUUUGUGGUAUCCUGUACCCCCAGCUGGUUUUGGGGACCUGUUGUCACACUGGAAGACUGCCUGGCUGCUUUCUUUGCUGCUGAUGAGCUGAAGGGUGACAAUAUGUACAGCUGUGAGCGCUGUAAGAAGCUUCGGAAUGGCGUGAAGUACUGUAAAGUCCUCUGUCUGCCUGAGAUUCUGUGUGUCCACCUGAAGCGCUUCCGGCAUGAGGUGAUGUACUCCUUCAAAGUCAGCAGCCAUGUCUCUUUCCCCCUGGAGGGACUUGACCUACGCCCUUUUCUAGCCAAGGAGUGCACAUCCCAGGUCACCACCUAUGACCUCCUCUCUGUCAUUUGUCACCACGGCACAGCAGGCAGUGGGCACUACAUUGCCUACUGUCAGAACGUGAUCAAUGGGCAGUGGUAUGAGUUUGAUGACCAGUACGUCACCGAGGUCCAUGAGACUGUGGUACAGAAUGUGGAGGCCUACGUGCUCUUCUACAGGAAGAGCAGUGAGGAGGCCAUGCGUGAGCGGCAGCAGGUGGUGUCCCUGGCUGCCAUGCAGGAACCCAGCCUGCUCCGCUUCUACGUGUCCCGAGAAUGGCUCAACAAGUUCAACACCUUUGCAGAGCCAGGGCCCAUCACCAACCACACCUUCCUGUGCCCCCAUGGAGGUAUCCCACCCAAUAAAUACCAUUACAUUGAUGACCUGGUGGUCAUUCUGCCGCAGAGCGUCUGGGAGCACCUGUACAGCAGGUUUGGGGGCGGCCCUGCUGUGAACCAUCUGUAUGUGUGCUCCAUCUGCCAGGUGGAGAUUGAGGCCCUGGCCAAGCGCAGGAGGGUGGAGAUUGACACUUUCAUCAAGCUGAACAAGGCAUUCCAAGCCGAGGAGUCUCCCGGGGUCAUCUACUGCAUCAGCAUGCACUGGUUCCGAGAGUGGGAGGCUUUCGUCAAGGGGAAGGACAGCGAGCCUCCAGGGCCCAUCGACAACAGCAGGAUUGCACAGGUCAAAGGCAGUGGUCAUAUCCAGCUAAAGCAGGGGGCUGACUACGGGCAGAUUUCUGAGGAGACCUGGACCUAUCUGAACAGUCUGUAUGGGGGUGGCCCUGAGAUUGCCAUCCGGCAGAGUGUGGCCCAGCUCCCAGACCCAGAAAGCUUGCAUGGAGAGCAGAAGAUUGAGGCUGAAACCCGGGCUCUGUGACUUGGGCCAUGCUGAGUUGGUGUGGCUGGCCCUACUCCCUCUCCAGACAGCCCUGCAUCCCUCUGAAGGCUGUGUUCUGCUGAGUGCCCACUGUCCCUGAAGGCUGGUAUCCGACAUUCCCCAGAGGGUGUGUCUGCCCUGCAGCUGAGCUGCUGCGUGCCUGGUACCGGGGCUGAGAGCGGCUGGUCCGCCUGAGAGAUGCUAUGCUGGGAAAUAUAUCCGCUCAGACUUGAGAACUCCGACUGUCAUCGCUGUGUCCCCCAAACUUGCCCUCUUGCUAACUUGGGCCCAGCUUUUGUCCCAGGAGCCCCGUGCUGUUCCUUAGCCAAUGCUGACCCCUGGGACGGGGGGCUAGGAGCGGCUGCCACCUUUUGGGUAUUAUCUGCUGUAUACUUGGCCCAACACUUUAGGGACUUAGGGAGGUAGAUGUCUGUGCACAGGGGCAGAAUGGAUGUGGGGCUCUGUGUAGGUCAGCAGCCCCUCAUAUCACAGUGGAGGCCCCGGCUGCCCAUGUUUGUUCUGUUGACUACUCUUGUACUUGGAACAGAGAAAGGGCAAGUUUUGCUUUAGAGGGCAGAGGCCCUGCCCCCUUGUCCUGCUGAGUCCACUGGCAGACUGGCUGUCGUUUGCCCUGGGAAGUGGCUCCUAGGCCCCUAGGGGAGGGAAACAGAUACCUCAUGCACUGGUCCACUGAUGCUUAUUCAGCCUUCCGUGUGCUCUAGAGUGAGCCUGAUCCCCUGCCCGCACCCAGCCUUGGCGUCUAGAGCUGACUCUGAGGGGAUGUGAGCUGUGGCCACUCGCACAGGCAUGUGUCUGGAGUGUCCUGCUAGGCUGCUGGAGAGGUGCUGGGACCUGCUGAGCCUAGAGAGUCUGCCCUGUGUUUGGAGUCCUGAAGAAGCCUGAACAGAGCUUCCAGGACAAGCUGUUCAAAGCUAAGACUGGGGUGGUGAGGGUGGAUCCUGGGACCAAGAGGGCUGCAGUGGCCACCAGUCUCUUCAGAAGUGGAAGUGGACACUAGCCCAAAGACCUGGGCAUUUAGUGUCCUAUUGAGGUGGGUGCCAUGUGGAUCCUUAGUCGGCUGCUGCUGGGACAUGCCCUGUUGGCUGCCAUCUUUUGAAGUCUCUGUUGUGGAGCCCUUAGCUCAUUGCACUACUGUGACACAGUCUGGGUUGUGUUCAGAAUGUCACAAUAAAUACGUGUUCCUCUCCUGCCCCUAGCUUGUACUGUGACACCGUGGUGUUUGCCUUCACUGGUGAUAAACACAGCCAGAGGUCCUGUGGAAGCUUCUGGGAGGAGCUGGAACACUUGAAAUACCAA